AUGGAUUUCCAGGCUCAGAAAGACGCUGGUGAGACUGAUGCAGUGGUGGUGGAGCAAACCUUUGAUACCUUGGACACCAAUUAUGAUGACAGCCUUUCCAGAGCCGAAUUUUUAGCUGGUGCCUUGCGCAGCAACCCUUCCAGUCGAGAUUCUUUGGUGGAUAUUUUCACCAGCAUUGACAAGGAUGCGGAUGGUGAGAUCUCGCGCAGUGAAUUCAUCACCGCAGCCAAGGGGUCCCAACAGAUGCUGGGUUUGAACCCCGGUUUUCGCUUGGCAGAUGCUGAUGCGGACGGUUUCCUGUCCAUGGAGGAGUUCUUCUUCAUCGCCCGGCAGUUCUAUCCACUGGAAUGGCAGACCAGUGAGGCCUUGAUCCCACUCUUCCAUUUGUUAGACACCGACUCCGAUGGCCGGCUGUCAAGGACUGAGUUCCUGAAGCAAGCGGACGGUGGGCCCGUCCUGGCACGACCUGAGUCCCUGGACGCAGUGAAGGUGAAGGGUCAGUCACCGCGUCCGGCAAAGGUCAAGGUGAAAAGGAUGGCAGAAAAUGGCAAGAAGUCUGAGAAGGCUGAGAAGGCUUCCGACUUGAAGUCUGAAAGCGAGACUCAGGAAGAGAAGCCUGAGGAUUCUGACAAUGAGAAGUCAAAGAAGUCUGAAAGUGUGAAAUCCGAAGACACAGAGUUGGAAAAGUCCGACAGCGAGACUUCCAAAGGUGAGUCUGAGUCCAAGUCUGAAAAGUCUGAGGACAAAGAUGACAAAGGGCAAGUGUCCAAGCCAGGCUCCCUGAAAGACAUGGCCCAGGACAUCGCCCGCCAAACAGCCCAGGCGGUGCGCGAGGUGAUCCGCCAGGAGAUGGGCAGUUCCCCAGUGAAUUCCGCGGCCAAGGCAGCGAUGGACGCGGCGAAAUCCGCGGGUUUGCCGAAGGACCGGGUGGCCGCUGCGGCUGCAGAGGCUGCGGGCCGGGAGGCGGCAGAGGAGGCGGCCUCAGUGGAGACCUCGCCCAAAAAGGUGGGGGCCAUAGCAGCCACGGCCACGUUGAAAGCUGCAUUGGAGACUGGAAUGACCCGGGCGCAAGCAGCACUGAAGUCGGCGGAAACAGCCAGCAAAGCUGCAGCUGAUAAAGCCUUGGCGGCGUCCAGCAACGUCCAAGAUGCAGCCAAAGUUGCCGCACAUGUGGCCUUUCAAGCUGCUGUGGCAGCUGGACUGAGCUACUCUGAGGCAGCUCAAGCUGCAGCCGCAGCUGCUGGUCAUGUCAUUGCAGCUCACCCCAGUGGCUUGAAGAACGAUAUCACAGCUGCUGCCAAGGCGGCUCAGCAGGGCGUCAAGGACCUGGGCAUGUCCACAAGGUGGUGGUGA